UAUAGUGAAUAAUUUAAAUUUUUAGUUCAUUAAACUACUAGAAGAGUAAACUAAAAGAAUUAUCAAAAUCGGUAACAUAAAACAAAUCAAAUUAAUUGAGAAAUUCUUCCUUUUUUGUAAUGAAAAUUUAAUUAUGGUUUUUAUAUGGUAUCUUAUAAAUAUCAUUCUGCAAAUACUAUUAGGAUGAAAUAUUAGGCAUUCUUGUUUAAUAAACUAUUCUUAAUGUCCAUCGUAAAAAAAUUAGAAAUAAGUAGUAUUAAUAAUUAAUAUCGGACGAUCGCAGCGCGCCUCAUCGAGGUUACUGGUGACCCAAGAGCUGGUAGCUACUUUGCCCAAAAGAUAAGUUUGGCAAUCCAAAGAGGUAAUGCUGCCAGUAUCUUGGGUACGCUGCCUCGGUGUGGUGCGUUGGGAGAUUACUUUUAAUUGUUAUUAGUAUUUAAGGAAUUUUGUAAAAAAAAAAAAAAAGAAUUAAUAGAUAUAUGAAAUUAUUAGGUAAAUCUUAUUUUAAUUUAAAUUCGCCACCAUUACAUUCCGUGCAUUAUAUCUUGUUCUAUCUUUGGUAUGCUUUUAAAUUUUAUAUGUAAAUAUGACAUUUUACCUAAUUUAAAACACUUUCAUUUUAAUCUAUUUGGCCAUGUAUCAAUUUGUUAUUGUACAUUACUUCUGAUAAAAUGUAAGUUAAAUCACAGUUUUUAAAGUUACAAACGAAUAUUAAGAUAAUGAAAUCCUCUUCAGUCAGAAGUGAAAUAAAAGUGCCCAUUUUGCAAACCCAAAAAGAACCAAGUAUUCAUACUCAAAAUGAAACUACGCUUCAAGCUCAAGAUUCAUUAUUUGUUAAAAAUGAAAAGCCCAACGCACCGUCUUUAUCAGCGCCACAGGUACUACCUUUAAUUAGUCCGAAAAUUUCAACUCCCGAUAAAAUAUCAUUGAAAAGUGACAAAAGUAUUAAACAGUCUUUAGAAUCAUAUCAGACAAGUCCAGGUAGCGUGAAUCGUAAAACUGAGAAUACUGGAGAUAUCAUUAGAGAUAUAGUUACAAAUCUUGAACCGCAAGGAAAAUUAAUUAGUGAUCAUUUGAAAGAAUUCAAAGAAUCAGUAAAAUCACUUUCUAAUAAUAUUGAUCCACCUUUGUCACCUGUAUUAGGCACUAACGUCGAUAAAAUUGCUGUUAUGGGAGAAAUUCUUACAAAAGAAGCUAAUGCUUUAAGAGAGUCAAUAAAGAGUUUGUCAGAAGACAUUGCUAAGACCAAACAGGAUUUAUGUGUGACGAAAGAGGAAGAUGUAAAUUUUCCAUAUCAUUUAUUCUUAAUUGAGAUAAUUGUAAACAAAAUUCAAAUGAAAUGCGAUUGUUUCGAAAUAGAUUACAACAAUCUCGUGAUUGCAGCAAGCUUUCUUGGCAAACAACCAAUAAUAUUAUAUGAUGCGUCAUAUGGAAAAAUAGACAAUUUCAACAAAAUGAAUGUAGGAAAGUCUACUUUAUUCGCAAUAACUUAUGACAAGAUAUGUAGUAUAAGAGAGUUUGAAAUAGUCUUACAAUUAACGAAACAACCGCCGUGUUCAAGUUGCGUAACUAAAAUAGGAGAAACACAUAUGGACUUUACAGCUGAAUUUAUUACACUUCGGGAAGAAUUAUGCAAGAAAUGGAUACAAGAACAGCCAAAUGACAACAUAUUAUGUACCACAUCUACACCAUUGUCAAACAAUUUAUAUUAUUUAUCUUGCGGUAAUGAAGAUAAUUUAGAAUGUAUAGGUGUUAUUGAAGUGACAAUCCGAAUGUCAUUUCUCGGCAAAGAAAUUACUACCGCAUUUUGCGUUUCUCCAAAACCACAGGACGCUUCUUUUCUGCUAAAAGAAGGUAAAGGCAUGACAAUGUACUCUUGUCAUAAGGUGGAAAUGGAUGAUCAUGGCAAAAUAAUAUUGGACGAAGAAGUUCUAAAUAGAAAAAAACCUCCUCAUCCACCAACUAAAAGAAGUGAAAGCCCAAUCUCUCAGAUGUCCAGUAUAUCUUCAAAACGCUAUAUGGAUCCUCCUUGUAUAUAUACUAAUUGUCCAGAGGGACCAUCAAGAAAAUAUGACGAAAUUUUCACAAAAGUAAAUGCAAAUGAAUUGAAAAUUAGAGUACCUAAAAGUAAUAGAAUAGAAAGAAUGGGCAAGUAUGAUAAAAUACAAGAGUUAUGCUCAUGUGAAAGUACACCAUACAAUACUGGUGAACAAAUACAAUUUGAAUUACCACGUGACCUUUGCAGUCGUGACAAAACACAUAACACAUAUUCUUCCAAUCUGAAAUAUUCAUAUAGGAGUUGCGACAAGACUUGUGGAAACAAAGAUAAUAAGAUUAUAAAUGUUACACCUACGAAUUGUGCAGUCCCCGUUGAAAUGGAGAAAAUAAUACAUCCCCAAAAAGAUGUUUUCAUUUUAAAAAUUGGCAAGAAGUUAGAAACACAGGAUAAAAAGACUGAUCUAGAAAUAGAACUUGUUACACCAAAAGACCCAUCAGCAAAGCCUAUAGAAAAUAAUCAUAUUUCACAACAAUGUAGUUCUAGUGAUAUUGCAAAGAAAAAACCAAAAACAAAAAAGAAGAAAAUAAAGGAUAAAAUCAAACACAAAAAGAAGGCAGGGAAAUCUAAGAAGAACUAGAACUCAGUUGUUCAGUUCUAAUAUCGAGUAUAUUUUUAAUAUCACGUUAUAUUUUCCUUCGAAUUUCAUUAGUCUCUUUAAAAUUUAUUUUUUGUAACAUGAAAUGGAUAAAAUUUUACAGAAUAGUUUUUAUUUUAGAAAUUGCUAAGUAAAACAAAAAUCGAUCUGUAUAAUUAUGUCACAUUACUAUUUUUAAUUCAUAGUUACAAUACAUAAUAAAAUGUUUUAACUAAAUCAGCAAAUUAUGUAACAAGAUUGAAAUAAAAAAUAGUUAUUCAGUUAUUAUUAAAUAAAAUAAAGGGACGAUUAUUUAAAGCUAACAAUGUUAUUUGCAAUAGGUAUUAUAAAGUUAUAUGCAAUUCUUAAGAACUUUAUAAACUUAACUUCAGCACAAGGCAAUAGCGUCUUUUUUAAAACAUCAUCCAAAGGUCUAACUGCGGUGGUCAACAUCCUGUCAAGCAUGGCAACUGCUGGCAAACCCCCACAUAUGGGGGAAGCCUAUAUUCAACGGUUGACGGUUCGCGGCUAAUGUGAAACCUAACAUCAAGUAACGUAAUGUAAACUAAACGUAUGUAACGCUGUAGAGAUAUUUUUUGUACGUUUUCUACCCUUUCUGAUAUGGAUUUUGAGGUACCUUAUAAUUUCACUGCCAUAUUCUAUUCUAAUCAAAAUAGUAUGAUUUAAAACAAAUUGCCCAUGUUAUCCAACAGAGAUACCCAUGGAAAGUGAAGGUAAUUAUAAAUUACAAGUAGUACAUACCUAAUACGACGCUUAUAAUUUUUUUAUUUAAUA